AUGGCAGAAGCCGGUCUUAAAAUAGUCACGGAACCUGCCAGCCAGGGGGCUGCUGAAGAAGAGAUGGCUAGCUCUACUAGUGAUUCUGGGGAAGAUUCUGACAGCAGUAGCAUUAGUAGCAGCACUACCUGCUGCAGCAGCACUGGCAGCAGCGGCAGUGGCAGCAGCCGCAGCCGCUUGUACAGAAAGAGGGUACCUGAGCCUUCCAGAAGAGCAUGCCGGGCUCCGUCAGGUACAAAUUUCGUGGAUAGGCUGCCACAAGCUGUCAGAAAUCGGGUGCAAGCGCUCAGAAAUAUUCAAGAUGAAUGUGACAAGGUAGACGCCUUGUUUUUAAAGGCAAUUCAUGAUCUUGAAAGGAAGUAUGCUGAACUCAAUAAGCCUCUAUAUGAUCGGCGAUUUCAAAUCAUCAACGCAGAAUAUGAGCCUACACAAGAAGAAUGUGAAUGGAAUUCAGAGGAUGAGGAGUUUAGUAGUGAUGAGGAGGUGCAGGAUGACACCCCUAGUGAAAUGCCUCCCUUGGAAGGGGAGGAAGAAGAAACUCCUAAAGAUAGUGCUGAGGUGAAGAAUGAAGAAAAAGAGGUUCCAAAAGAAAUUCCUCAUUCAGAGGCUGAAGAAAAAGAUGUUCCUAAAGAAAUUGCUGAGGUAAAGGUUGAUGAAAAGGAACUUCCUGAAGAAAUUGCUGAGACAAAACCUGAAGAAAAGGAACUUCUUGAAGAAAUUCUGGAUUUAGUAAAUGCUGAAGUAAAAGCUCAUUCCUCUGAUUGUAUGGACGUAACUCCAGAAAAAGAAGAAAAGGAAGACCCUGAAGAAGCCUCCCAGUCAAAGGGAGAAAAUAAAGAACAGCCUAAACUAAUUGAAUCUAAGGCCAGGGCUACAGUCAGAGGAGGUCAUAAAAGUGUUCCGGACACUAGACCUAAAGAAAGAGUGAAUCUUAAAAGAGCUCGAGAGGGAAAACCUGAAAAAGAAGAGCCCAAAGGCAUUCCUAACUAUUGGCUGACUGUUUUGAAAAAUGUUGACAAACUUGGGCCUAUGAUCCAGAAGUAUGAUGAGCCUAUUUUGAAGUUCUUGGCAGAUGUUAGCCUGAAGUUUUCACUACCUGGCCAGCCUAUCAGUUACACCUUUGAAUUUCAUUUCCUACCCAAUCCCUACUUCAGAAAUAAGCUGCUGAUAAAGACAUACAAAAUAAAGUCAAAACCAGAUCACAAUGAUCCUUUCUUCUCUUGGGGAUGGGAAAUUGAAGAUUGCAAAGGUUGCAAGAUAGAUUGGAGAAAAGGAAAGGAUGUGACUAUAACAAUAACCAACAGUCGCACAACUGCUACUGGAGAAAUUGAAUUCCUGCCCAGAGUGGUUCCUAAUGCAUCAUUCUUCAAUUUCUUUAGUCCUCCUGAGAUUCCUCAGAUUGGAAAGCUGGAACCACGAGAAGAUGCUAUCCUAGAUGAGGACUUUGAAAUUGGUCAAAUUUUGCAUGACAAUGUCAUCUUGAAGUCAAUUUAUUAUUUUACAGGAGAAGUCAAAUGCUCCUACUAUCGAAUUGGCAGAGAUUAUGGAAAUAGGAAAUAUCGGAAAUAA